UGAUUUCCUUUCUCAAACCAUAGCGCAAACAUUUCAGUGUUAUCUUCUCUUCUCUUUUCUAGUUUUCUUGCUAGAAACACCUCCCAAAAUGAACCAGGAUAAGGAAAACUUGACUGGUAUGCAAGAAACCAGCAAGCGUUCCAUCUCCAUGAAACGCAAGAAGCUUUUCCUUUCUCUCUUUGCGUCUCUGCUCAUAGUUGCCACUAUAAUUGCCAUUGUCACCGGCGUAAACUCAAACAAGAAAGAUAACACUUCACAAUCUCAUGCCAUACUCAAAUCCUCCUGUAGUAGCACAAGAUUCCCUGAGUUGUGCUUCUCAGCUGUGGCCUCUGUUCCUGGAGCCACGGCUAACUUGGCUAGCCAAAAAGAUGUCAUUGAAUUAUCCAUAAACCUUACUACAACAGCUGUUCAACACAAUUUCUUCACUGUUGAAAAACUAAUAGCCACAAGAAAGCUUACCAAAAGAGAAAAAACAGCUCUCCAUGAUUGUUUGGAAACGAUAGACGAGACUCUUGACGAGUUACAUAAAGCUGCCGAGGAUCUUGAAGAAUACCCUAACAAGAAAUCACUGUCGCAACAUGCAGAUGAUCUUAAAACCCUACUGAGUUCUGCUAUAACUAAUCAAGAAACUUGCUUAGACGGUUUCUCUCAUGACGAAGCUGAUAAGCGUAUAAGAGAAGCUUUAUUAGAUGGUCAAGUUCAUGUCGAGAAAAUGUGUAGCAAUGCUUUGGCAAUGAUAAAGAACAUGACCGAUACUGAUAUUGCUGAUGAGCUUAAAUUAGCUGCAACUACAAACAGGAAGCUUAAGGAGGAGGGAAAAAAUCAAGAAAGCGGCUGGCCGGAGUGGUUGUCGGCAGGUGACCGGAGAUUGUUGCAGUCGUCGUCGGUGACUCCUGAUGUGGUGGUGGCAGCUGAUGGAAGUGGGAAAUAUAAGAAAAUUCAAGAUGCAGUUAACGCUGCUCCUUCAAAAAGUAGUAAAAGGUACAUUAUUAGAAUAAAAGCAGGCGUUUAUAGGGAAAAUGUGGAAGUCCCAAAGAGUAAGACCAAUAUAAUGUUUCUGGGAGAUGGAAGAAAAACAACAAUUAUUACAGCAAGUAGAAAUGUUGCUGAUGGCAGCACCACCUUCAACUCUGCCACAGUUGCUGCUGUGGGACAAGGAUUUUUAGCAAAGGACAUUACAUUCGAAAAUACGGCUGGACCAUCAAAGCACCAAGCAGUAGCACUUAGAGUUGGUUCAGAUCUUUCAGCUUUCUACCAAUGCGAUAUGCUAGCCUAUCAAGACACUCUCUAUGUCCACUCCAAUCGUCAAUUUUUCAUAAACUGCCUAGUUGCAGGCACAGUUGAUUUCAUUUUUGGCAACGCAGCUGCUGUUCUCCAAGAUUGUGAUAUCCAUGCUCGAAAACCUAAUUCAGGCCAAAAAAAUAUGGUGACAGCCCAAGGCAGGACUGACCCAAAUCAAAACACAGGAAUUGUUAUUCAAAAGAGUAGAAUUGGUGCCACUUCUGAUCUAAAACCUGUGCAGAGUAGUUUCCCAACUUAUCUUGGCAGGCCAUGGAAAGAAUAUUCAAGAACUGUUAUAAUGCAAUCAACAAUUUCUGAUGUGAUACAUCCUGCUGGUUGGCAUUUGUGGACUGGAGAUUUUGCUCUUAAUACAUUGACUUACAGAGAGUAUCAGAAUUCUGGUGCUGGUGCUGGAACAUCUAACAGGGUUACUUGGAAAGGAUAUAAGGUAAUUACAAGUGCAAGUGAAGCUCAAGCAUUUACUCCUGGAAAUUUCAUUGCUGGAAGUAAUUGGUUGCGUGGCACUACUUUCCCUUUCUCUCUUGGUCUAUAAAUGUUUUCUUAGGUUGGGUAAUUAAUAAUUCUAGCUAGCAAGUGUUUGAUAUAUUUGAGUGUUCCUUGCGGCCAUAUUUGUAUGUUUUCUUGAUUAUUAAUCAAUAAGAGCAUGCAAAGAUUUCUGAUUGUU